AUGAAAAAUGCGUUUUGUUUAUGUUUGGGUUCUCAAUUGAAAAUCUCAUUUAGGUUUAGUUUGAAAAAGUUUCUCCCUCGUUCUUCAUUGCAGAGGUUCUCCAUCAUUGUCAAUAGUUGGUUGUGGAGAUUUUUGGUGGUUGUGAAGUUGAGAGUUGUGGACAUUUCGCUAGUGCCGCUCCUAAUCACAUUUCUGGAUUUUUAUUUGUCUUUUGAUGUGAUUAAAGGGAACAAACAGCCUGCAUUGAGGAACAAGUUCGGUGUUAAGUGUCUCUCGGGGUUCCUCUGUUGCAGUUAUUAUAGAGGAACAAUUACAAGUUGUGCGACAACAGAUGGUUUGUCAGUGGAUAUUACACAAAGAUAAUGUUCAUCGUAGUAUGGUAUUGAAGAGAUGUGGGAUGGUUUAGGCAUUGAUUAAGUCAUGAACUAGGACAACAUCACUGAGUUGAAUAAAUUGAAGUAGGGGAACAAUUAAUGUACAUAUUGAAUACAAAUGACAUCAAAUAUGAUUGAUUACGACAUGAUAAGUUGGGCAAUGAAAUGUUGAUAUAGUGAUUACUUUGUUGUCAAUAUUUUUUGCAAA